AUGAGUUUCAGUAUCGAACCGUUUAUCCAGAUAAUGCUUAUUCUCUUCCUUCUUCUUCUAGCUUCUCCAACUUGCCAGCUUCCCCUUGACGCCCUUACGCCAAACCAACCCGUCAGAGACGGCGACGUUUUAGUCUCUAGCAGGAAAAUCUUUGCGCUAGGGUUCUUCAGCCCCGGAAAUUCCCAGCACCGCUAUGUUGGAGUUUGGUACAACAAUGUUCCAAACCAAACCGUAGUCUGGGUUGCCAACAGAGACAACCCAGUUAAUGAUUCCUCUGCAGUGCUAUCGAUCAAUGGUGAUGGAGGCCUCGUCAUACACGGAAAUGACUCAAGUAACCCUCUUUGGUCAGCAAACGUUACUCUCUCUUCACCAAACAAUUCUACAGCCAAGCUUUUGGAUACAGGAAAUCUUGUUUUGCUUGAGAAUGAAAGCCAAAGGUUAAUAUGGCAAGGCUUCGAUUACCCCUCAAAUAUUCUCCUUCCAUAUAUGAAACUUGGAUAUAACAGACGGUCCAGGAUGAACUGGUUACUAACAACUUGGAAGUCCCAAGAUGACCCAGGAACAGGCAACUGUUCUUAUGGGAUCAGCCCAACUGGGCUCCCGCAACUAGUUUUGCACCAAGGUGGAGCUCCCCGGUAUCGGACUCUAAUCGGAUUUUAUACUGGGAAGCUAUGGAGGGGUUCGGUGAGUUACAUCAACAAUGAAGAUGAGGUUUCCGUCAUGUAUGUUCCAGACAAUGAGUCAACUUUAACAGCAAGGACUACGCUAGAUGAAUCAGGAAUCUUGGAACGGUCCGCAUGGAAUGAUCGAGUACAUGAAUGGAACAUGUACUGGUCUGCUCCGGUAGAGCGUUGUGAUAUGUAUGGACAGUGCGGUCCGAAUGGAAACUGUAACCCUUACGAUGUGGAUGCCAUCCAUUGCACUUGCUUACCCGGUUAUGAACCAAAGUCACUAGAUGGUUGGUAUGAUUGGUACUGGAAAGGUGCAUCGGGUGGGUGCUUAAGGCGAAAUGGAGGAGUGUCAAUGUGUGGAAAUGGGGAAGGAUUUGUAAAGGUGGAACGUGUGAAAAUACCGGACUUGUCUAAGGCAAGUUUUGACAUGAACUUGAAUUUGAAGGAAUGUGAGCAAGUGUGCUUGAAAAAUUGUUCUUGCAUGGCAUACUCGAGUUCUGAUGAGGGCAGCGGAUGUGUGACUUGGCCAGGGGAUUUGAUGGACAUAAGAACACUUGCUGAUGCUGGCCAAGUAUUAUAUGUGAGAGUUGAUGCAAUUGUCUUAGCUCAAUAUGCAAAGAAGUCGAAUGAUCUUAGCACGAAGGGAAAAGUGACAGUUUCGCUGGCAUCUGUUCUGGUGCUCUUUCUUGUGUUUUCUCUAGUGGUUUGGUUGGUAAGGAGGAAGAGAAAUGGUACAAGAAGACAAAAUGAAUUUAUAUUUGGACACAGCAUAGGGUCAUACCAGGGGCAAUCUAGUGGUAGAACAAAUGUUGAUGAUACUAGGCCAGAUCUACCAUUCUUUGAUCUCACAAUCGUAGCAGCAGCAACAAAUAAUUUCUCUAUUGAAAACAAGCUUGGAACAGGUGGUUUUGGCUCUGUCUAUAAGGGCGUGCUUUCUAAUGGAAAGGAAAUAGCAGUGAAAAGACUAUCGCAGAAUUCAUGCCAAGGAACUGAAGAAUUCAAAAAUGAAGUGUUGCUGAUCUCAAAACUCCAACAUAGGAACCUUGUCAGAAUUUUAGGUUGUUGCGUUCAAGAUGAGGAGAAGAUGAUUAUCUAUGAAUACUUGCCAAACAAAAGUUUGGACUUCUUCAUUUUCAAUGAAUCCAACAAAGCUGAUUUAGAUUGGACGAGACGCUUUGAAAUCAUUUGUGGAAUUGUUAGAGGGAUCUUGUAUCUUCAUCAAGAUUCAAGAUUAAGAAUCAUCCAUAGAGAUCUAAAGGCCAGCAAUAUUCUGCUAGACGCUUCCAUGAAUCCCAAAAUUGCGGACUUUGAGUAUGCAUUGCGAGGACGAUUUUCUGUAAAAUCAGAUGUAUAUAGCUUUGGGGUUUUGCUACUGGAAAUCAUUACGGGCAGAAAGAACAGAGUUUAUUACCAAGAGGAAUCUCCAGACUCAAAUUUGGUCGAACAUGUUUGGAACUUGUGGCUUGAAAGUAAUGCCUUGGAAGUCGUUGAUCCAUCUCUGGGUGAAUCAUACCCUAGGAAUGAAGUCCUGAGAUGUAUCCACAUUGCUCUCUUGUGUGUGCAAGAGUAUGCAAUUGACCGGCCAACCAUGUCUGCAGUUCUUAACAUGUUAGGUAAUGACGCAGCACUUCCUUCACCUAGACAAUCUGCAUUUCUGUUGCAGAGAAAUGCUACUAGUGGAGAUUCAUCAACCAAAGAUGGAGCUGAUUCUGUAAAUGACGUGACAUGUACUAUGGUAGAAGCUCGAUAA